GAGUAUUUUUCGCAGCCCUAAGUGGAGUGAUGGCGUCUCGAUGGGCUGACACACAGCCACAGGCACGUCAGUGGUACCGUCCCGAUGCCUAGACAAACGCGCACGCCUCGCCUACUGGUCGCUGCUCCGUGCUCUGCCUCUGCUGCGCUCGCGUCCCGCUUCCGUUGCGGGACACGAGCUGCUGCAGUGCUGUGAGCCUGUGAUACACCACACACCAGUCGCCGCAGAGGGGAGGCGUUCAAAAAAGCAAAAGAGCUCCGCCCUAAACAGCGCUCCUCGCAGAGAGCGGAGGCGCCACCCCAAAGCCGGGCUUUCAUCAGAAAAGAAGGAGCCAAAGCCUGGGCAUGGAGCAAUGAUACGGAGGGGGACACCCGGACAGCGACGGUCAGGGGCACGGUUGGCCGCCGAGACGCGAACAAGCAGCAGAUCAUGCCGGCCGGCCGGCCGGGGCCCCCGUAAAGCACGAGCGUGAGCGUUAUUCCAGGCCUUCCGAUUUAUAACCCCCCUAGCUCCGUCGAUUCCUCUGCCGUUUCGUUUUAAGCUAGCACUAGUAGUAGUAGCACCGAAUCGCUCAUCCAUCAUUCCAUCCAUCCAUCGAGAGCAGGCGCGGCACGCCACGCCACGCCACAGCCAGUCAGCCACAGCCACUUCGGUUCGUCGUCCAGGACAAGAAUAAGCGAGAGCAAUGGCGGGAAGGCGAGAGGACGUCGACGGAGAGGUGCAGCGGCGGGACGAAGAGGAAGAGGAGGAGUACAUCGACAUGGACCUGAGCUCGGCAGCGCCCGGGGCGCGGGAGUUCGAGUUCAUGUCGGCGCCGCUGGACAGGUGGGGGGAGCCCCUGGCGUCGCCGGCGGACGAGCUCUUCUACAAGGGCAAGCUGCUGCCGCUGCACCUGCCGCCGCGCAUCCAGAUGGUGGAGGAGCUCCUGGUGGACGGCCGCGGCCGCGGGGACCUCCUCUUCCCCCUCCACCACGGCACCACCACCAGCAGCAGCAGCACCGCCCCGGCGACGCCGUACGAGUCGUGCGCCGCGUCGCCGGCCGACUCGCGCUACGUCAGCGGGGAGCUCAGCGUCGAGGCGUACUUCCAGGAGUACGCGGCCGCCCGCCUGGCGCUGGCGGACGCCGCGGAGCCCGGGGAGAGGAGGCCGACGACGACGUGGUCCAGGAAGCUCAGGUUCGUGCGGCAGCUCAACCUGGGCCUCCGCCUCAAGGCGUCCAAGGCGUACCUCAAGACCAUAUUCGCGGCGGCCAAGCCGGGGCAGCAGCACACGGACGCCCGCAUGGACGAUGUUGGCGCGCCGACGGGAGCGCAGGAGGAGCUGGCCCGUGGUCACCUCAGGGCGUGGAGGAAGAACCCGUUCGCCCAGAUCAGAAGCAACAGGUGCGUCGCCUCCCAGUCCCAUGCCGCGCCCGCCGCAGGAGGAGGGCGGUGCAAGGAACGCGAGCACGGCCACAGGCGGUCCUUCUCCAGCGUCAUCGUCCGGUACUCCUCGUCGAACAAGACGUCCCCAGUCCCUGCGCUGCCGCCGCCGCCGUCCUCGAGCGAGUCCGACUGCGCGGGGCCGGCGCUCAGGAGGAGCAGCAGCGCCAGCUCCGAGGUGGAGAACCCCAUCCAGGGGUUCAUCGCCUACUGCAAGAAGUCCCAGCAGCUUGCCUCCGUCAGGAAGAGCGCCAGCGACGCCGGCUUCCGCUUCCUGUCGGCCGCGGCGUCCAAGAUCGCCGCCGAGUCCGACGGCCUUGAUGACCUCACCGAGAUUUGCAGAGGAUGAUAGGACCAUCAAUCCUGAUCAUUGUACAAUGAUGCACAUGCGUUCUGGAGGUUUUUUUUUGUUUGUUUGAAAAAAAACACUAAAACUUCUGGUCUAAACCAACCCUGUGUCAUGAUGAUAUUGUUCAAAUGAAUGACAUCUGAAGUUUGAGCAUUGUCUGUUUCUAGUACAUUAGUGACUUGGUACAGACGUACAGUUCGUUACUAUGGAAUUUUCCAUGGACGAGUAAAAUCAAAAGCAGAGUCUUGCUUACUUUUCA